GCUGAACAUUUUCUUCAAAGGUACGAUUAUUGAAAUUACAUGCAAAGAAGAUCAUCGCAGUUAAAGACGCAACUUAUGCAGUUGCGAAAAGAAAUCCUGCAAAAACUUCCCAGCAAGCCUGAAUUUUUGCAUUUAUUUUUUCACGCCGCAGUGAGGAAAUUAAUAUAUUCCUCAUUUCACAGUGACUUUUUAUCGUCACCAAAGUAGAACUACUUGGAACAUGUAAUGUUAAGCUUUGAAGUGAAAUUUAAUGACCGAACCCGAGAGAGCGGCAGAAAUAGAGCCUAUUCCUGAUGGAACGAACUUCGACUAACUAAUGUCCCUGUAAAUGUUUUAGUAUGUAUUAAUUCAGUAAUUGUUCACCAGUAGGAUGCCUGAAAUGGAUGCAAUUAGUUUCGGCUUCAUAUUAUCUCUAUCACAACAGACGUGGACAUUUAUUACCUUGAUUCCUGAUGAGCAUUUUAGGCUCGUACUGUUUUGUCUUGCCUUUUCUUGGUCGUAUAUAUUUUAGUUUUCCAAAAUUUAUUUCUCCAAGACAUGCAUACCACUUAUUAAAUGAGAGUGAGGUCAUUACAGGUGAAUCUCAGACCGAGGUUUUGAUGUAUCAAUACGUCAAGGCCGAGGUCUGAGAUUUCCCUGUAAUGACCGAGCGGAGGUUAGUAAGGUAUUUAUCAUACGGCCUUUUUGGCGCUAUUAAUAGUGGAGCUCUCGCGCGAGAAGCGAGCCAGCGGAGCACCAUGGAUAAAAAAAUGAAGUAAUCUACCCAUCCGAGAAAAUUUCGUAAUCACGUGACCGUACACCGACCGACCGCCCGCCCGAGCGACCGUCCGUCCGCACCACAGGUAUACCAAUGUAAAGUAACUCAAUCAACAGGUAUGGCAACCCAAAUGCAACUUGUGGUUAUUUUGGCGGGAAAUCGCGUAGCAACCGGCGUUUUGUAAAGCAGAGACAACUAAAGAGUCAAUAAAGACGAAAACGGAAAGCGGAAGUUGUGUCUGUAUCCGUGUUGUCUAAAGUAUUUAGUUUAGACAAAUUGUGAUGUCCACAAAUUUGGAAUAUAGAGCAGGAGAAAGACAGAGAAAAAGAGAAAGUAGGCGGCAUGCCAGGGAAGCUCAACGAGAAAAAGGGCGACAGAGGUCUAGAGCGAGAGACAAAAAACAAAGGAGACAUUUUUUUGUUGGAAGAACAACAUGAAAAUUUUGUAGCGGCGAUGACAAAAUGGGAAAUGCUAGCGGCCACCAAUGCAAGGUGAAAAUAAGUGCAAGUGAAAAAAAAGUGAACGAGAACACGUACGACAUUUCCGCCAUAAAACGUGUAACUAAGAAGUUUCUGGAAGUUUCACGUUGUAGUCGUGUAAAACAACGGCAAAGAAAUGUAAAAAAAAAGUGGGCUGCACAAGCAAAGUUGCUUGCUUUGCUAACUAGACCUAUUGUUAUUUUUCACCAUUCUCCGGCGUUGCCUUCGCUGCUUAGCACUACACGAUUUUAUAUUUUUUUGAACAAACUAUAAAUAGUAUUUAGGGCUUCGCUUUUAGCCCUGGCUAACUCUAUUUAUUAUAAAACAUCGGAAGCAAUUUAGCCUGUGAUCAAUUAAAACCAAUAACAUGUCACCUCAAUGAGUUGGAUACUCGAGCUUGCGAUACAGUCAUAUUACACUGGUCGGCGGAUACCUUUGUUGACAGCUGUCAAUUGACCAUAACAUGGAUGUCCACUAUCAAGUUAAACACAUGUUGUAUCUGCCUUGGAAACCUAGCGAAUAAUGCGCAGUCAUUACAAUGAAAUAAUGCCCGCUUAACAACCAAUCAGAGCGCGCGUACUAUUGUAGCCAUAUAAUACUGCUUAUUAUUGAAUGCAUUUGUCGAAUUUCAUUAGAUGCGGCAUGAGAGAACAGAGUAUGGUUCCUUACAAGAAAUUAAUGGACUUAUAUCUGGAUCGGUCUGAACAAGGAAGGUUACAAGCCAUUUUGAAUGAUCCGAAGCACAGGUGAUGAAAUAGAUACGUUAAAUUGUACAUUUACAUUGUACAUAUCAUACAUUGUGUACUUGUUGUGUCUGUAAUGCUGCAAUAUUACCCUGCGAGCAGUGGUUUCUUUCUGGCAUUGAUGGCUUUUUGGUAGGGCGUGGUUACGAUCUUCUGUUGUUCAUUGCCAUGAAGUCCGAAUGUAAAACGUUGUACAGGGAUUACUUUAAAUGCAAGACUGGCUUAGUCAGGUUUGCGCGUUUUUUCCAUCCACUAUCAAAGAGGCAGUUCAGAGGAGUUGUGCUUAACUUUUACUUACGUAUUAUUUUACUUUUGUAACUUUGGUAUUGUUUCAUUGCAGGUUUAAUUGCAGCAGAGACUCAAAUAUUGGCAACACAACAGCAAUUGAUGCUGAGGCCCGUCUACUUGACUUACUACAGUCUGAUUUCCUAGCUUUGCUUGGAGCUUUUAAGUAAGUGAUAACAAUAUGCACGUACCUGCUACACAGUGUAUGCUCUGAUAUUUGGUCCAGUUCACCUUAGUCUACCUUAUCAAAGAACCCAGCCGGUAUAAAAGGUCUGAGAUGGCGUGGGUUUGAAUCGAGUCAGGGACACAGAGGCUUUCUUCUUCAAGUUUGUCCAUCCGUGCUUCCUUCUGUAUUUGCUGUAUCAUCCUACCUUCUUUUAACUUUUUGAGCGGCUAUUUUUAUGUUUAACUCACUUUUGGUGGCAUUUCCCAUUGUUUGAAUUUUGAUAAAAUUUAGUGACACAGCUGCUUUAAAAGCCGGAGAAAAUGGUUAACCACGUUUGAGAUUCUAUCAGACAUGGGCAAAUUUUGGACGCCAUGAUCGACUGUUUGUAUUUGAAAAAAACAUUCUCUUUGUGAUAGAAUGACUCGAAAGGAGGGGUAAAUUUAAUUUAUUGACGAUACUGUUAAAGUAGUUUUGGAAUCAAAAUACCUUUUCGAAAAGUGCUGGUUUUACAAGUUUAUUGCACAAAUUUAAAUCUAAGAGUGGCGCUGCAAACUGCAAACUGUUUUAAACUUUUUACAGUACAUUGAGAUAACGUCUCCAGCAAUGAAAAUUUGCAAAUAGUAUGGUUUAAAUACAAUUGUAAGAUAACUUACGACCAGUGGAUGUGACGUUACACUUCUUUUUGACAAGAGGAAUGACAUACAAUGCAUAUGUACCUCAUGAUUUCUACUCUUAAAAAAACCUUCCCACUAACCUCUCUCCUAAACAACAUUUUUCCCUAGGAAAGGAGGUAGCAAUAACGUUAGGUUAGCGGAGGGAGGGGUGGGUAAGCGGUUUCUCAGAAUCUUAUACUUAUGCAAUGUUUUUUUUUUUUAUUCUUAACUUGCAGGCAGCUUGACAGAGACAAUUUGGGGGUGAUUAAGCGAUACCAGUUUAAGGACUUACUAGAGACUCGAUUCAACAUGAAGAUCAAGGAUGAUGAGCUCAAUUCAGUAGUGCAACCCUUAGUGGAAGGUUCCAUGCAAAGUUUGAUACCUUACGGGCGGUUCCUAGAGCUCUUCACCUCAUCGGGGUAGUUACUUUUUUAAAUUUUGGUUUCACUGUCGUACAGUCUUUGAUUACAUUGAAAACUCCAUUCAUGCAUACACUCAAAACCCCAGGGCCAUGUAAUUCAUGGUGGUUAAAAGUCCUUGGGACAAUGAAGCAAUAUUCGUGAAUACCCGCGACCGGCGUAAAAAUUACUAACAACGCUUUGCCGUAAAGGGCCUUUGUGACAUACGUUUGCCGCCUUCAAAAAAGGCAAAUGAAGCUCCCUCCCACACCCCCUUCAUGCAAUGUUGCUGCAGUAUAUGAACUACAGUGAAACCUGUAUUAAGCGGACACCGUAUUAAGCGGACACCCUCUAUUAAGCGGACAGUAGCCGAAGUCCCCAAAUUUAUUUCCCUUAUUUACUUUAAAUGAAACCUUUAUUGAGCGGACACCUCUAUAAAGCGGACGCGGACACCUAAAAAGUACCUGAAAUGGUCAUUUCUAUUGUUGCCAACCUGUAUUAAACGGACACUUGUAAUUAAAUUCCACCACCCAACACGCCAGACACGGAAAUGCGAAAGAUUGCCUCGAAUUGCCACCCACAAAUUUUUCGAUUUUUACAUUAAAAAACGUGACUUGACGAACUUAUUUGAUUAGUUUCACAGUACAGGAUUGUUUUCUAUUUCGUUUUGUUUGUAUAGAGCUUGUUUCACUCAUCUGAUUUCUUCAAAUUUGAGUUGCAAUCCAUGUUUAUGGUACUAUGAUCAAUUGGUUCACUUUGGUAAAGAAAUUUAUGGAAAUGUCUAUCGUCAUAGUCUCGGGGAGUAUUAUAAACGCUUCCAUUGUUCAUUUGAAUGGCAUUUGACACCUCAUACGACGUUAUAUAUCGAAACCUGUAUUAGGCGGACACCCUGUAUUAAGCGGACACUACAGCCUUCCCCGAGGGUGUCCGCUUAAUACAGGUUUCACUGUACCUGUAAGUGCUGAGUCUUGAGUUGAAAAGGAGUGGCAGCAUGAUCUAGAAUAUCGAAACAAGUAGGUGAACCUAAACUUUUGCAUUUUUUUAGAGUCUUGCUGGUGUUUGAAUACGCGUGAGGCCCAAUUAGUGAUUAAAUGCUCAAGUACGCGUAUGGAAAAAAAAUCGGAUCAUGUCUCCGAUAUAGCAGGCGUUACAGCCUGCACAUAAAAAAUGUAAACAAAAGGAACGGAGAACGGAGUCUACGGGGGAUAGGGUCUUUCCAAUUGGUCUCCAGUUGUGUAAAUUCUUUGAUCCCUGCUGGAAAAGUUAACCUUUACGUGAAAAUACCUCUUUGCUACCGCAGGGAAAACAGAAAUGAUGCAAGCAAUGUAAAGAUGCCUCGUCCACCAACAGGCAAUAGCAGACCAGCAACUUCACCCAAGGAGCUGAGCUCACCGCGGCGGCCUACCUCACGAAAAGAAUUGGAAAGUGGCGCCACUAAGCCAGAGAUAAUCAAAUCGCAACCAAGGAGUGCCAACGUGGUAAGCACAAGGGUAUACUUUUGAAAGAGGUUAGGAUCAUGUUUUGCACCGCAAAUUCCGAUUACAGCUCGCAUGUUAAUUGUUUUGCUGCGUACAUAGUUGCUCGACACACCCUUGUACAGUGUAUUUUGAAAGGAGAUGACGCGCCUUUUAGUGUCGUUCGUUCGAAGAUACGUUGCAGCCUUGUCACGUAUAGUUAGGUGUUGCCAUGAAGAGAGCCUUUCUGUACUGAUAAUAAUCCCACGACUUCGCCUCGAGUUUUUAAACCUGAUAAUACCUUCCAGCUUCUUUUUAAACAGUACAAGAAACCCGAACUUGUACGAAUAUUGAUUUUCAAAGUUUUCUUUGCUUACCUCUUUAUAUGACAUGCUCGUAAAGCUAGCUCCAAGACUGCAAAUGCGGUAACCAACCAGAAGUUACGUACCUAACUCUACUUCUUAACUUUUACUUUUUACGAAAACGAAAAUAUCUUUUACUUAAUUCCUUUUUAUGUUUAAAGUGUUUAACAAAAAAUUUGUGGGAAAAUGUUCUUGACGUCUCUUUGGAACUUAAUUGUAGAUCUGUUAAAUUUAUAACCGUUCGAAAUUUUAUUUUUCCUGCAGCUAUUCUGUGUUAUUCGGGAUCUACUAACAGAAAAAUUCCAAGUCAUUCAUAAGGUUUGCUGUUCAUCGCUUUUUUAAAAAAUAAUAGACUGAAGUAUUUUUUUUUUUUGAGAAGCAUUUUUGUUCUCUUCCUCACUGUAGACCUUUCAAGGAAUGGAGCAACUUAAAAAAGGAUAUUUAUCGAAAGGAGUGUUUAGAAGACUGUUUGACAGGUACUUGCAAGGGAGUUGCAUUUUCUCCGCAAUUACAUUUUGAGUUAUGGAUCGUCUUUUUUCUUAAUAACAGUACUCAAGUUCUUACAUAACGUAUUUCCUUUUAAAAGCUAUAAGAAGGGGUGCUUCAUUGGAUCGAAGGAGGGCGCUUAAUCGAGGGCGGCGUUUAUUAAGUUUUCCUUGAAGCAAAAUGUGGUUUUAUUUUGCUUAGAUCUUUAAUAGAAAAACGAAAAAUGUAACAUUAUAGGCAUAACCCUAUAAGUCAAUAUUUUGAUGUCUUUCGUUUGUUAAAACAGUGGCUGGAAAUCAAGUCAGCCGUAUAGUCCUUUAAAUACAUUUAACGCACUUAUCAGUAUUUAUGUCUAUAAAAUACCGAUCGGUAUUUAUGUGUAUGAAAUACCGAUUAUCUCGUCAUCCUUAAGAUUAUUCUCGUCAAUGAUAUGUAGAUCGUCGUUUUCCUUUUGUAUUCAUAGUAUUUGCGAAAGGGAUAGGGGGGGGGGGGGGGGGGAGUCGCAUAUUCGAGAGAAGAGCUUGUUUGAUAUUAUAGUGACUUUACGCAAAAGGAAGGCAGGAAGAAGAGGACGGGACAACGGAUGUGUGUGACAAUCGUGACAGGGCUAUCACUUGCGUGUUUGUCGUGAUCUUCAUUUUACACUAAUGUUUUCCGUUCGGUUACAAAAAGACCUGUUCAAAGGAAGGUGGAAUUUGGCGGAAGGAUUUUACAAACAAAAUUAUUGUCACGUUUGUCCCACAACCUUUGGUGUCUUCUUUUCUCUCUCGUCCUGCUGCGUAAGUUCACUAAUAUGGACUAGGGGACGGGCGCUUAUUAGAGCGUGGGCGCUUAUUAGAGGAAAUAAGGUAUAACGGUCUUGUUGUCGCUAUUAUUUUUGCAAUGCAGGUAUGAUCUCAAGUUUACCUCAUCCGAGGUGGAUUUAAUGUGGUCCAAGUUACCGUCUGAGAAGGAUGGCUCAGUCAGCUUUGAGGAAUUGGUUCAUCACUGUUUCCUAAACUACAACGUAACUUCAAACGAGGGAUAUAAUGGGCAGCCAGGUAAGCCUAACUUUCUAGGAACAAAAAAAAACUUUCGUAGGUCUUUGUGUAACAAUCAACAUGUAAAAUUUCUGACGGGUUUGAAAACUAAUGACAGUCUUAACGGUUCUCCAAACAAAAAAUGUUCUUUUCGUGUAACCAUUUAAGUUUACGGUAUAGGGAAAGUUUUAUAAUGCUCCAGGUUUAGAACGAUCGCUUCCUUUUUUCGAAAAAAAAUGAGAGUAGGUAAAACAUAUCGCAAAACCACACUGUCAGCUGUUUAUUCAUUUAUCAACAUGCAAAACUAUAAAUGAGUAACCAUAGAACUAUGAAAUAACGCUCUGAUAUUGAGAGCACAAAAGUAUCGUAAAUCUGGAUUCAUUGAGCAAAAAAAUACGUUAUUCACACAUGAAGUUCCUUAUUUGGGGAUAUGCUUUUGUCUUGGAGUCGAGGUGCCUGUCUGUGUGUAAGCGUAUAAAGGGUAAAGGCCCGUCCACACCUAUCAGGAUACACAAUGCCAGUCUGCUCCGUUGUUAGAGCACACCGUAAUUUCUAGGGAGUUAUUAUAACUCCAAAAAUGGAGUAAACAUUUUAGGUACAGGAUAACCCCUUUGAUGGGGUUAUUUUAACUCCUAAUUUAACUCCGAAUUUGGGGUCAUUUUUACUCCUGAAAAAGAGUUCUUUUUACUCCCACUCUGGAGUUAAAAUUACUCCGAAAUGGGGUUAUUUGUACUCCUUACAUGGGUUGUUUUUACUCUUUUUGGAGUUAAUUUAACUCUGAAAGUGGAGUAAAAAUUUUAGGUACAGGAUAACUCCGUUUUUGGGGUUAUUUUAACUCCUCAAUAUCUGGGGUCACUUUUACUCCUGAAAAAGAGUUCUUUAAACUCCUUUUUGGAGUUAAAGUAACUCCACGAAAAAUAACUCCACUGUAAGGAGUUAAAUUAGCCCCACUAGAGGAGAUAUUAUAACUCCCUGAAAAUUACAGUGCGUCCUAACUAGAACUCGGAGGGUCGCGAGUUCGAUUCUCACGUGGAGCUCGGAAAAUUUUUCUGAUCUUUCUGAUGUUUGAAUUCUCCUUCAUCUUUAGAAUUAAUCGUAUUCGAAAACUUCCGUUUCGCCUAUCCACACGUAAACGAUCAGCACGAAAACCUGCGAUUUUGGUGCCAGAAAACCCCGUUUACAUGCGGACAACGGCCUAAAACGAGAGAAAAAAUGUCCUUUUUUUAUAAUGAAAUAUCCGGAUACGUAUAAACGGAACCUAAACGAAUCCUGUACAAAAAUUUGCCAUCCUGAAGAAUUACCUUUGUGAUGCUUUACUACCCAUGCCAAACGGCUAGUUGCUUAAGAUGAAGCCCCACCCAUGUUGAUAAUAAAUUAAGGAAAUGGAAAUUCAAUUGAUACUGGUGUUCGUGGUCGUUAAUUGAUUUUUACACCUUUUUAGGAUCACUCUCAUAUGUUCUUCAAGAAUACGCUAAGUCCGUUAUGCACAAACGACUGGCAUCAGUCCCUGAAGAGAAAGAAGAUGAUCCAGAACCUCUUCCAACUCCACCCUCUCAAAUGCAACUGGAAGACCAGCCAGGGUCCCCCAUGGAUGAAAAUGCCUCUCUUCCUUCCCUGAAGACACGCAAUAAACCAACUGUGGAAGCCACCUUGAGGAGAAUCAAACCACAGGUAACAGCUUUUUAUCCCUUGUGAAAGAUAUAACACUGAAAGUAUAGCUUGUCAACUGAAUUUAAGUCGUUUGCCUGAUGGUUCCAAAAAACGAAAACAUUCUCAGGGAGUUGCCUUAGUUCUAACUAAUUAGUUUUUGUUUGAGUGUCAAUGUAUUUAGCACGAAAGAAAUGAAUAAUUUAGGACACUAUUUGAACGUCUCCUUCUGAAGACGGGACAGCCAUUUUCGGUGGUCAUCCAAGCCACGCUUGGACUUGUAGGGCAAACGACUAGACCGUCGAAUGGGGAUGUUUUGUCUUCGAAUGGGGAUGUUUAGAUUAAAGGGAACCUCCACUUCAACAAAAAGAUAACUUUAAAUCACAGGAAAUAACUGUUACAGUCAAGUCACUCUAAAAUAUUUUUAAAGAAAGCGUUUGUAUCCGAAAGAAAUAACUUUUAGAUUCGCCUAUUUUUGUUUUCAAAUUUUGCGGGCGUCGCCAUCUUGACUAAUUGUGAAGUGUUACGGUUGCCCUAUUGUUAUUUAACAAAAGCUCUUUGUGUCAGAGCAAUAGAGCAACCGUAACACGUCACAAUUAUUCAAGAUGGCGGCGCCCGCGAAAUUUGAAAGUGAAAAUAAGCGAUUUUAAACUUCACUUUUCCUGAUAUAAACACUUUUUUUGAGGACAAAUUUUGAAAUUUGUUUAUCAACAUAAUUUUAUUCGAUUUAAACUUAUUCUGUAGUAAGAGUGGAGGUUCCCUUUAAGCUGUCAUGUGAAAACCAACUGUUUAUUUGCUGCUACUGUAAAUUGAGAGCUUGUUGAGAGCGUUGUUAGUCUGCAUGGCGAAAGAAAACGGCGAUAAUCGAGGUCAAUCUCCUCAGUGAUUUGUAAGGUAGAGUUGCUUUGGGAAUUUUGAGCUUAUUAUUACAGUGUGAUCACGGUCACCGCGCUUCUGGGACAAAUUUUUACACGCAGGGAACUGGUGCCUCUUUUGUGACUUGUUCUGAAUCUUAAAAAGAAUGACGCGAUCAUGCGGUAAAUCAUUACCUGUCAGAUGCACUCUUUUGUUAAUUGUCUUUACUACAAAACAUUAAAUUCGCCCCAUGUAGGGGAAUCCGGAAAAAUUUUGCUUGGGGAUUCCGGAAUCCUGGGCUCAGAACCCAAAUUUCACUACCUGGAAUCCAGAAUCCAAGAUUCUUGAUUUCCUUAUAUCAAUGAAAGAAAUAAUUAUUUAACGAGAGACAUAUUAGCGAGUGCGCUGAUAAACUCAUGGCCCUCGCUCUUCUAUUCACUAACGGCGUGCCUGCAAAUGUAUUCACGUGUAGGUUUGUUCACAAUGGAACGAGCUGCGCGAUGCUUUCAUUGCGGAAGACAAUGAAGGAAGUGCAACCUUGGACUUCAAUAGAUUUAAGGUAACUCACAUGUGAACUCAACUUGCGUGUGUUUCUGUAAACAUUAAAGAGGGAAAAGGUAUCACAUGAAGUCUAAAGACUACAGAAUUGCCGAAAAUUGUCGAUAUUAAGCGCAGAGCUCUAGCUCCGACUGAGCGGUUUGCAGUCUUUUGUUUGACGACAGUCCGUGCUCUAAUCGGCGUUGAGGUUUAUGAAGCCUACCUUUAUAUAGUUAAGGUCGUGCCUCUCUUUACCGGGGUAACCUUCAAUUAUUGGUCUGAAACCGACGUAGAUAGUUGAGAGUGCUGCUGGAACAGCUUAUACUGAUGUUUUUAGGAUAAGAGGAAAUGAUGUCAGCCUUAUAAGGACAGGUGUUUACUGCAUUGCUGUAUUGCACUGUUUCUUUUUAUUCAGUUCAAAGCUGCAAAGCUACGUCAAAAAAUCUUCAAAGUGAUGUUCUAUGGUGUUAAUUUAACCUUGUCUUCAUGUCCGAGCGCAGGUAGAAUUUCGUUGGACUUCAUUCAAAUUUAGUCGGACAUUGUCGAAUGACGACUGUUAUUUGCAGCUGUGCAGUUUCUUUACUUAAGGUUCUUAGACUAAGAAAUUUCCCGAACAAUAAUAUGUGUGGUAUUGACACAAAAUGACAGCAACAACAAUUUUCCGUCUGUCCUCUUCGAAUACUUUUCUAUUACGCUAAGAGAUGAUUUAAUGACUCAGAAGCACAACCGGCCACGCCUUUUUUGACAUCCUGCGAUGCUCAUUAAACUCAGGAAACAAUUCAAAGCUACUUUUUUUGUACAGGAUGUUUUGAGGAAAUUUUCCAAAGAUGUUAGCGAAGAAGAAUUCCAGAGUCUUUGUCUUAAGUUUGAUAGGAGGAAAAACUCAAGGUAAGUUAAAAGAAGAGCAUUGGAACUACUCAAUUUUUUUUCACACCUUUUUCUUGUAAGGAAGAAACAUGACUCCAUGUUAUCUUUUUCUUUAGGGUGUGGUACCUGGAAUUCAUGAAACACUUUCUUCCCACAAUGCCUGUGAAACCUCAGAGCCUCGUCCCUAUGUCGCAAUCAUACAAGUCUCGUACACAGGUUUGUUAACUUUCUGAUUUUCCGGACUGAUUGGCAUAUUUAUUUCAUCAGAAAGUUGUCAACCGGAAAAGUGACGAUCGUAAAGAACGAUAUGUUGUUCUUUGUUGAUUAAAGGCCAGGAGUAUCACAUCGAACCUACAAUGUACGUACAUUUUUGUAUAAUUCUUGUCAAAAUAACGUUCAACUCCAGUUUUCAAAAUUGUUGGGCUUUAUUCAUUCGUCUGUUCAGUGACGUAUACAACGGACCUAUUCAACUUAUGAAAUCCCUACCCUUAAAAGACACCAAAAAAGGUAACCCUUUUUGGGUGGAGUCUCCCUGUAUAAGCUCAUGUGUUUGUACCUCCGUAGGAUGGAGCUACAAAUAAUUCCAGAUCGAGUGUGGUUAACUAAACAAGUAUAGUAGCAGGUCAUAUAUCAAAUCAAAUUUUUUCUUUGAUAUGUAGGUGGCGUGGACGGAUACCAGGAAAGUCCGCGAGGCGAUUGAUGCAGUCUUUGGUAAAAUCCGAAACCAGGUGAGAAUUACAUGCAUAGAAUUCAUGCAACACAGAGCAUUUGCCCUAAAGACAGUCAGUGAAUAACUUGAUUUGUUAUAUCGCUGGUUCUGCGAGCGGGCACGAUGGAUCAAAUCCUGUGUUCUGAUUGGCUAUCUUGCCCGCUCGGCAUUUCCCUCAUUUUCCCCCACAAGAAAAACAAACUAUUUUAGCCAGAGGUUUCUUACUCAGUUAAGUUGGCAAAGUUUUGGCUUUCGUACUUCUUUGCGUCCUUACAUGUAAAUGGUUAGGGGAAGUCAAACGGUAUUGACGGUUACUGCUACGGGUAAUUUAUCCUUUCACUUUCUAUUGAUUAUUCCAUGUGAUUUGUGUAGAUGAUUUCUGAAUGGAAAGGUCUCAGAAGAGCAUUCAAGCGAAUGGAUUUGUCAGGCGAUGGUUUUGUGUCCGUCACAGAUUUUAAGGCCGCUAUGAACAAGUUUCAAUUCUCUUUACACGAAGAGGAUUUCUUUCAUAUUUUCUCCGUGUUUGAUGAAAACAUGGCAGGGAGAAUAUCUUAUGAGGAAUUUAUGAGGUGUUCACUGAGCGUGUAGACUUUUACCACCAGGCAACUGUAAAAGUAUUUUAUUUCUGUAAAUAUUUUAGUGCACUUAUCUUAGGGCGCUUUCCAUUAUUGUCAGAACUGACUGGACAGCCAUUUCUGUUGUAAUGAGAAUUUCAGCUCUUAUCAAAACUAUCCGGCCAGAUCAGUCAAACCCUAAAGAGUAUGCACGAAGGAGACGGUUUUUCAGCAAAAACUCUUGGAAAAAGCCUAUUUCGUUUUCAAAAUGACUGGUCUUGCCAUAGUCCGGCCGGCCAGUUCUGACUUUUGGAAAAAACCCUUAGUUUGGAACUUCUUAGUUUUCGACCCCUUGUUGUCAAGAUUGCUCUCUGUUUCGUGACGUUUUUUUGUUUGUUUGUUUGUUUGUUUCUUUUUCACGACGUUUGAUGUGCGGAACCCAAAAAGGCCAGACUUCAAGUAUAAGCUACGUAAAUUUUUAAAUCUUGGAUUAAUUCGAAUCCUUGUGUAAAUCUCGGGUAUUUUUCUACAGCAUUGUGCUCGACUAGCAUGUUUAACCGUGUAGUCACUUCUCUCAACUUUUUAUUGAGAUGGUUUCCCAUGUUUCAUCUAGAUCAAGCUUUUCUCUUUACAAUUUCCGUGAGGAACAAUUGUUUUUUUUUAGCUUAGCCAACUGUGCCAAAAAAGCAAAGCCAAGCGAGAAAAAGCAGCGAAUUAGAAAGCAAAUCUGCGAAGCGUUGCAUGCACAUCAUUAACAGUUCAAAGUAGACAGACUGCAAAUUAUCUUAGUUGCUAAAAAAUAUAUAUCUACGUGUCGCAACUGUUCAUCAGUAGGAUGCCUAAAAUGCGUGUAAUUCCACAAUUGGUUUCGGCUCCAUUAAAUCCUAUACCAACUGCAGAACAUUUUAGGAGGAGCCACCCACCAUGUGAGCACAGUCACGGACAAUGUAUAAGUGAGGAAAAUAACGCAAAGUAAAAUUAAGACGUUAAUAAACGAACUAAAUGUACACGUCAAUUAAAUAAAUAAACAAAUAAUGCGCGCGCUCAAAAUAACACGCCUUAGGGUAUGGGGGUUCACUCCGUUCGUUGCCUUGUCGAACAUUGUUUGCUUGUUAUACCACCCACGGUGUGUUUGAUAGACAUUGGCUGCGGCCGCAAGAAUAACAGGUUAACUGGGUUAUAUUAGCAACCUGGUUAAAAGAGUUUAACAUAAUUGAGUAUGUGAGGCCAGCGUAAGUUUUCAUUUUCUUUGAACUGAUUGUGAAAUAAAAUGCGUUUAGAACAAGGUUAUUUUGUUAGUUCAACUUGGUGCUUCAUUAUGAUGCUAAAAAGGUCUGAAUAAUUUGUGAUGACCUUGCGUACCUUUGCCUCUAUUUGCCAUGUGGCCCUACCAAGGUCCCUGCGAUGUUCUCUAUCUUGAGAAAUCUUUACAGUCUCGCCCCUAGUGUCUGUAAUGAGGACCAAGAACCAUAUUUCUCCUGGUUGUUUAAUCAGUUUCAAUU